UUUUGUUUUAGAAAGGUUGCUAAUAUAAUGGUCUACAAUAAUGGGUCUAUGCUUUUUCACGAUAAAAAUGAUAGUUAUCCUGAUAUAAACAAAAACAUCUAAAAAAAUGAACUUUUUUCAACUAGACUCAUUUUUGUUUCCCAAUUUACUUAUUUGUAAGCAAUUUUAUCGAAAAAAACUUUGAAUGAAAGUUUAAGAUCUAUUCUUUCUCAAUCCAACGAUAUAAAUCUUGCUUACAAAAAAUCGGAAAUGUCGCUCUGGGAGGGGGAAAUAGCAACGCGCUACACUUUUACGCUACGAGCUACGCGGUCCCCUCACAUCAAGCUCGCACAAGCCAUGCGUCUAUUUGAAAAACGAGAGAUUCUCAGUUAUAUUUUAUUCUUCAAUACUCAUAGUUCAGAUUGAUAGAAUAGUUUUUAUGUUCAAUAGAAAAGUAGCUUGUUUUUGUGGCUUUAAGUUCAUAAAAUUAUAUUGUUAGAUUUUAAGAGAACCAUUGUGACUAGAUGUUGUAUAGAAUGCAUAAUAUGGAUAUUUUUGAAGAUACAAAUGCAGAGUGAGGCUCAUAGCAUAACUAUAUAACAUAUAACUAUAUUAUAUACAAAAGACUAAGUAUUUUGUAUGCUACAUUUUGACAAUACAGUGGUGAGCUGGGCCCAUAGAAAUAGAUGACAUCUAUUAUUAUGGCUGGGCCGGGCAGUAGGGGUGCGGCGCUAACGUUGCUCCUCUCAAUAUUGUUUUUGUUGCUAAAUAAAGAAAAGAAACUCGUUCUUUGCAUUCUCGUAUGAGUGGCAUUCUCAUCCCUCAUGUCAGUUUCAGAGGGAAGUUUGCCAAGUUCGGACGUGCGUGGUAGACUUUUCGUAGUGAAGCACGUGGUAGAUUUUUCGUAAUUUUUCGUUGUGAAGCACGUGGUAGAUUUUUCGUAAUUUUUCGUAGUGAAGCACGUGGUAGAUUUUUCGUAAUUUUUCGUAGUGAAACACGUGGUAGAUUUUUCGUAAUUUUUCGUAGUGAAGCACAUGGUAGAUUUUUCGUAAUUUUUCAUAGUGAAACACGUGGUAGAUUUUUCGUAAUUUUUCAUAGUGAAACACGUGGUAGAUUUUUCGUAGUUAGUGCAUUGAUGGUGACAAUUUUUUCACACAGUUCGAUUAUGAAUUUAUUUAUUUGUGAUCCCUUCUGAGUGAUUACACACAAAAAUAUAGUUUUGUAGAAAUAUCAGUUCGGCGUGAUGUGCUCCUGUUACUCCAAACAAGUUUGAAACAAUUAGUGAUGGAUGAAUCGGACUUAAAUUGUUUAAUUUGUGGUAACAAACUAGAUGACAAUAUUGUAGUUGUAAAGAAUGGAAUCAAUGCUAUUUCUGAAGCCAGCAAAAAAAGAAGAGACAGUUUACAUGAAAAACUACGAGGAAAGAGUACUAUUAAAUUACACAAGUUAUGUAGGCAACAAUACACAAGACCUUCGAGUAUUCAAGCAGCUAUAAAGACACUAGAUGAACAAAAUGAACCCAGUACAUCAACCACUGGAGUUACUCGUAGAACCCAUCAGGACAAUUUUGAUUUUAAGUUGUGUUGUUUUAUUUGUGGAAAAUCAGCAAAUUACAGCUCUAAAAUUCCAACUCAAUAUAGAAAACCAUUUCACGAAGUAACGACGAUCGAGUUCAAAGAAAGUUUUUUACAAAAGUGCAACGUUAGGAGUGACAUAUGGGGUGAAAAUGUAAAAGCCCGACUUCUAAGUGCAAUAGACUUAGUAGCAGCAGAAGCGCGCUAUCACAAACAUUGCUACACAGAAUUUACUAAAUCUAAACCGAUUGAAACACAAAAAGGUAGACCUCAAACCAAAUUAGCUUCUACAUUUACCAAAGUAUGUAACUAUAUAGAAAACAAUGAUGAGUGCCAAUAUACUAUAAAAGAAGUUCAGGAUAUUUUUAAAUCUUUAGCUGAUGAUGAUGCUGCUUAUUCUGACAAACACUUAGGAAAGCUUCUCCAAGAGCAUUUCAAAGAGAGACUAACAUUAACAAAUGUUUCUGGUAAAAAGAAUGUUUUCUGCCUUACUGACAAUGUGCAUAAAAUUGUGGACAAUUGGUAUAGAAACAGGGUUCUUGAUCUAGAAGAAGAGAAGAAGAGGAUUGUUUCAGCUGCUGCCUCAAUAAUAAGAGAAGACAUACAAAGGAAAACCUAUGACUUCAAUUCGUAUCCAGAUUUGGAAACAAUUAAAUCAGGUGGAAAAAAUCUCAUCCCCGAGACUCUUGAAAUGUUCAUGUCACAGGUUACAAAGAAGAGGAAUUCAAUUGAAUCACAAAAAGUCAAUAAGAAAUGUAUUGUUAUAAGUCAUGCUAUAAUAUCUGCUGUGAGACCAAGAUCAUUCCUUUCACCUAUACAGACAAGCCUAGCUUUGACUUUACAUCGACUGUAUGGUUCUAAACAUUUAAUAAACAUGUUGUCUUCAAUGGGAGUGUGUGCAUCAUACAACGAAGCUUCGACUUACAUAACGUCACUAAUCAGUGCUGGCUCCCCAAUUAUUGAACCUGAUGGAUUUCUUCAACACGUUUUUGACAAUGCCGACGUAAAUAUUCGAACCUUAGAUGGACUAGGAACUUUUCAUUCCAUGGGAGGCAUUCAGUGCAUCACACCAGGUUCUUGUGUCCAAACUCAAACUACUGUGAAGAGGAUUUCAAGUGGAUCAUUUCAAAACAUUGAAAGUAUUCGUGAGUAUGUGUAUCCAAUGAAGAAAAGAAAUGCUGGUCUGUCUAACAUGAUCAUUGAAGACUUGGAUAAACUGAAAGAAGUUGGAAGUGUGUCAUGUUUACCUUCAGAAUAUUUGCAUCCCCUCAACUUCGUAUGGCUUUCUCAUGUACACUCACAGCCUGGGUGGAGUGGAUUUAUGACCAACCUAAUGACAAACUCAGCAGAAUGUCAAACAACAUACAUUAUGGCAGUACCAUUUAUUAAUUUGGAUCCCAGCAAUAUGUCAACCAUCUACACAGCAUUGCUUUUUGCAGCUGACCAAAGUAAGAAACAAAAUCAAACCUGUAUUGUUACAUUUGAUCAGCCUCUUUUCUUAAAAGCUAUGGAUAUAGUAGGUGCCUCUGAUAAAGACAGUAAAAUAUCGAAAACUGUUGUCCGUUUGGGAGGAUUUCAUUUACUGAUGUCUUAUAUGGGAGCUAUUGGGAAGAUUAUGGAAGGAAGUGGUCUAGAAGAUCUCUGGGGCACAGUGUAUGGAAAAGCUACAGUAAGUCAUAUGAUGAAUGGGCAUGCUUAUGACAGAUGUCUUCGAGCAUUUACACUAACAGUAGCAGCUCUAAUGAACAUUGCUAGAGAGCAGUUUCCUGAUAUCCAACACUGUUUUGAUGAAGUAUGUAGAAAAAUUAUUUCAGGAGAAAUGUCAACAAAACAUGCAUUAGAGAACCCCUUGCUAUUAGAAAAACUCAAUCAAUUGGAUGAAUGUAUGAAAACCAUUGAAAAGACAAGCAGGACAGCUAAGUUGUGGCUGCAGCUUUUUCACACUAUAGAUUUAGCUCUUAAUUUUGUGUAUGCUGAGAGGACAGGAGAUUGGAUUAUGCAUUUAAAAUGCACAACAGAUAUGCUUCCAUAUUUCCAUGCAUCAGGCCACUUGCCUUAUGCAAAGUCUGCACAUAUUUAUGCCCAAGAAAUGACCAAAAUAACUGAAAAACUCUCUGAAAAAGAAUUAGAUCUUUUCAUCAACAAGGGAUAUUUUACUGUGAAAAGAACAACAAGAUACUGGUCAGGAACAUGGACAGACAUGUGCAUAGAGCAAUGUCUGAUGAGGCCAAUGAAAUCUGUAGGAGGACUCACUCAUGGAAGGGGAAUGAAUGAAAGUACUGUGAAUAAAUGGAUUCUUGGGACACCAUACUUCAUAAAGAUUAAUGAAGCAUUAGAGGAGUUCUUAGACAUUUCUAUUACCUACAGUGAACAACAUGUUGAGCUGAGAAAGUCAAGAAAACUCAGAGACCAAGCUGAUAUUGAUAAGUUCACCACAUGGUUCAGACAACACAAUCCAUUAAAUAAGGAAUCUGGAGAGCUAGUUUCAUUAUCAUCUGGUUUCAUCAGUGAUGAGUCAGUCAACUGUGACCAAGCCUAUGACAUAGGUUGUGCUGCUAUGAAGACAAUGAUAGCUCUCAAAAAUUGAAAUUGUAUCUUGAAUAUGAACUGUCUUCACAUCCACCAUCUCUCUUCGACAAUGUUUCACUAAGAAAAGGAACUAAAUCAUCUAUCCUGAAAGUGUUUCAAGAUGCUGUAAUAGAGGAAGAAGAAAUUGAUCAAACAAAUUUAUGUGUGAUUAUUGAUGGAGGAUUUCUCCUUCAUUAUGUUCCCUGGCCACAAGACUCCACUUAUGGAAAUAUCAUACACAUUUAUCGAAAAUAUGUUGUAGAAAACUUUGGAGAAAAUGUAACGGUUGUAUUUGAUGGCUAUCCAGAAGACUGUACAACUAAACAAGAAGAGCAGAAUAGAAGAGCAGCAAAAAAAUCCUCAAAUGACAUAGAUUUUGAUAGGAACACAAAAUGCUUAACAUCAAAGGAAGAAUUUUUAGGCAACAGAAGAAACAAGAAGAAGCUUAUAUUUUCAGUUUCUGAAGAGCUUAUAAGUUCAAAUAUCAAUACAAUUGUUGCAAAAGACGAUGCUGAUAUUUCCAUUGUGACGACUGGAAUAGAGGAGCUGAAGAGACACAAAACUGUUAUGUUGUAUGGUACAGACACUGAUUUGUUGAUACUGUUGAUAGCUCUUGCCCCUGAGAAUCAAGAAAUCUACUUCUGCAAACAGAUAACAGGAAGAUUGCAUGGAAAAGUGUUCUACAGCAUUUCAAAGAUAAUAGAUAAGGUGAAAAAUACAAGGAAGCUUUUACUGUUUGCUUAUGCAAUAACAGGCUGUGAUACAACUUCUUCUUUUUUCGGCCUUGGAAAAAUAAAAUCUUUAGAAAUUGUUCAAAAAUCAGAAGAAGCUCAAAGACAAGCAUCAGUGUUCAUUUGUGAAAAUUCAUCUAAAGAAGAACUGAAAAGAAAUGGUGAAGAUUUUAUUCUGAAUUUGUAUGGCCAGAAAAAGCACACAAGCCUCAAUGAAGCACGUUACUUCAUGUUUACAAAACUAGCAAGAAAAUCAAAACUCAGAUCUAAUUUUGAUCUUGCUAAGCUUCCUCCAACGUCUGAAGCUGCACAUCAACAUAUAUUUAGAGUGUAUUUGCAAGUGCAGACAUGGCUUGGAAAUAGAAUGGAUGCUACAGAUUGGGGCUGGAAGAUGGAAAUGGUGAAGAAAAAUGGUGAUCACAAGAAAAGUUUAAAACCGGUACAAAGCACCAAACCCUUUGCACCUGAUGACCUUCUGCA